AAAGACCCAUAAUUACUGCGCACCGGAUUGAAGAACGGUGGAGGUUUUGAAACGAAAACACUUUUUUUUUUUUUAUCGAAGAAACGUGGUACAUUAUGGUUAACAAUAUGUACAUGUUCAGUUAUUUGUUUUUAGUGGCGACGGGAUAUAUUUUUCAGAGUCAAUGCGAGAUCUACUCAUUGAACUACAUCUACACUGCCCUGUCAAAGCCAGUUGAAUUGCCUGGUAUCCAUGAGUUCACUGCCAUGGGCCUGAUGAAUGACAGACAGAUUGACUACUAUGACAGCGAUGUCAAGCAGAAGAUUCCCAGACAGGACUGGAUGAAGGAGAAGCUGCCACCAGACUACUGGGAAAAAGGCACUCAGUCCCGUAAGAGCAAGGAGCAGUGGUUCAAAGUCAACGUCAACAUCCUGAUGGAACGUAUGAAGCACAACAACACUGAUGUUCAUAUUCUUCAGUGGAAGCAUGGCUGUGAGGUUGACAAACAGAGUGAUGGUACAUUGAGCUUCAUAAAGGGCACUGACCAGUACAGCUAUGAUGGUGAUGACUUCCUGGCCUUUGAUGAUGUCACUAGUCAGUGGGUGGCCCCAGCUGUUCAAGCUCUGCCAACCAAGAGGAAGUGGGACGGGGUACAGAUCCUGAACCAGUACACCAAGGGUUACCUGGAGAAGGAGUGUGUGGACUGGCUGUCCAAGUUCGUGUCAUAUGGGCAUGAAACAUUCAGUAGUGCUGACAACCCUCCAAAGAUCUAUGGAUUUGCUAAAAAGGCUAAAACUAAAGGACAACUCCAACUGACCUGCAUGGCAACAGGUUUCUAUCCCAAAGAUGUAGAAAUGCAGAUUAGGAAGAAUGGUGUCCCAUUGACCAAAUAUGAUGGAGUCCAUUCUGAAGGAGUCCUACCCAAUAAUGACGACACCUACCAGAUCAGGAUGAGUGUGCAGAUCCCAGAGGCAGACACACAUGAUUAUGAAUGCCAUGUUGACCACAGAACACUGAAGGAGCCAAUUCGGAAGAAAUGGGAUGGAAAAUGCUGUGAUUGUGGACCAAACAUAGGUAUUUUCAUUGGUGCUGUUGGCUUGGUGGUCCUCCUCCUCUUCCUCCUCAUUUUGAUUCUGUGGAAGACGAACAAUAUAUGUAUCAGAAGACAAACUUUUAAGGAUCAGAAGCCCCAGGAUCCUCAAAAUGGUCAAACCCUACAUAAUGUGUACUCAGAAGGAGGAGUGAAACAGAACAUGCUGCCUAAUGGAAGUGGCUAGAUGACCAAUGCCUGCCAACAACCCUAAUAUCAGCAUAUGGAUGGUCAAUCAUUUUAUCAUUUUGCGUUGCUGUUGCUUUUUUAAUCAGACUGAUCAGUUUGAGACACACAUGCAAAUGGAAAUUAGAGAGAAGGAUUCGAAAGAGCAAGUUAGUCAAGAGAGUCAUAGAGCCAGUUAAUUGAUAGAAGUCAUAGAACAGUAAAUUGAGAGUCAUACUGAAGAAUAAUGUAUUGCUUGAUUAGCUGUUAUUUGAGAGUCAUAAAGUCAUAUGAAUAGGUAAUUUGAGAAGUAGACAAUAAUUAUUAAGUGUUGCCUAGCUGGCAAACCUGAUCUCAACCCAAUCAAACAUGCAUUUCACUUGCUGAAGACAAAACUUGCAGAAAGACCCAUAAACAAACAAGAACUGAAUAGAGCUGCAGUUAAGGCCUGGCAAAGUAUCACAAAUGAGGAAACCCAAUGUUUGAUGAUGCCCAUGUGUUCCAGACUUCAAUAAUCAUUGCAUGCAAAGUAUUCUCGACAAAGUAUUAAAAAUGAACACUUCAUUUAUGAUUGUGUUAAUUUGUCCAAUUACAUUUGAGCCCCUGAAAUAAGGGGACUGUGAAUGAAAAUAGUUGCAAUUCAUAAAUGUUGCAUACAAAUCUUUUGUUCAACCCCUUGAAUUAAAGCUUAAAGUCUGCACUUCAA